AUGGAAGAUACCGACGACGACUCAUCGCUUAGUUCUAUUAGAGAACAGAGUCCUUCAUUGUCAGAUAGUGAUAAAAAUAGCACGAAAACAGCCGUGAGCGCCGAAGAUCGUGGAGAUGAUAGCUGUGGUUAUCACAGUUCGUCUGAUAUUGAUGGUGAAGAUUUUUAUCGAAAUCAUCCAUGUGCUGCCAAUGACCGUGUAUUUGUAGCUUGGUAUGUACGUCAUCCUGAAUUAUUGGAUCAGACAAAUGAUGCAUAUGAUGAAGUGGAUAGUAUCGAACAUAAUUAUGUUCCGAUCGCUCCUGAUCGCAGUGAUGAACCGUUCAUACCACCGUCAGAGCGAGAUGAUGCUCCUCUAUCUGGGAUUUUGCAGAAUCCUAUUCUUGAUAAAAUUGAUCCAAGGCAGUUUUUCCCAGAUUUUUCACGCAACAAGGUUCUACGUUUUUCCCGCCUCUUUGGAGCUAAUAUCAAAUCUUCUUCAAGAACAAAAAUUUGGUGGCCAUCAAAAACAUUUCAGCCAAAUAGUCCAAAGCGAAAUGAAAGCGAGAAAACAAUAGGAGUUAGUUCGCUGUGUAUUGGCGAGCCAGGAGUAUGUAAAGAUCCAGCAGAAAUUCCGAAAGUAAGUACAGAAAUGUAUGGUCCAGAGUUAAUAUUUGGAAAUCCUCCUCAUCGUGAAGAGUGUGUUGUGGAUGACAAAAUUCUUCUAAUGAGACCUUCAAGUUCAAGAUUAUCGACGAAAGAUGGUAACUGUAAUGGUGAUGCAAAUCAUGUAUUACCUUGGAGAUUUGGUCCAGCACGUAUUUGGUAUGAUGCAAUGAAUGUUCCACCAAAUCCAUCUCAUUUUGAUUAUGGGUUCAAAUUGAAACGAGAGCAGUCGCAACGAAAAAAAAGUUUCGUGAAAGAGGAAAAAAGUGAGGAUGAGGUAGUUCAGGAAGAAAUUGGUCCAGGAUUAGCAGAUUGCGAGCCAUUUCCUCCCGAUACAUUUCUUCCUGUAAAUUUAAUACGAUGGGAAGAUGACAUAAUGUUUGAUGAAGAACAAGCGAAACGUUUAAUUUUAAAAGGUCUGACUUCGCACUCUAUAGAUAAGUUGCCGGAAUGUGGUUGGAUACCAACGCAGCAAACUAGAAAUUAUGAAGCCUUCAUGACAGCUUUCAGAAGUCGUGCAUUUGAACAUAUGUUCGCAAAACCAGGCACACAUCUUCUGAUGAGCACUAUUAAUUCAAAUUUUCCAAAAGAACCUUCGUCUUCGUUUUCUCUUUUUCCUAUGGAAAACUAUGAUUUGUUGUACACGAGAUGGGAAGACGACAUUAUAUGGGAUGCAGAAAACAUGGAUCGAAUACCAGAACCAAGAAUCUUAACUCUUGAUUAUUCGGACGAUCCUAAAUUAUUUGGCAUGCCAGAAGAUAAAGCAGUUGAAGAAAAAGGUCAGGAUGGUGAAUUACCGAAUCUACCAAAACCAUUUGAUAGAAAGGAGCACCAAUUCACCAAGAAAUCGAAGAUGAUAUUGGGUCAAGUACAGCAAAGACAAAAACAAGAAGAAGACGAGCAAAUGGAGAGCUCCAUUGCGCAACUUACAGAUAAAGACCCUUUUAAUCUCAGCAACGACGAUUACUACAAACCAAAAAAUGUUGAAAGGCAAGUUGCAGAAGGAUUUAUUUGCACUUUAACAGUAAGUUCUGUUUCUGGUGGCUCUCUCAUUCAGCAUUCAAUACCUGCUCAGAAUAUACAUCGCACAUUUUUCCCCACUCACUUAAAUCCUUUCAAAUUGCGACAUUAUCAUCGUUUGCCACUUUCUAAACGAAUUUUGCGAGCACCAUGUGAUCAAUUUGUGCCAGUCAAAACUUUAACAAAAUUAAUCAAAGAAAAAGAAGAGUUUCGUGAAAAACAAAAAGCAGCGGAAGGUGGUGGAGAAAUUUUCUUCAUGCGUGAGGUACAAGAUCUCUCAGGAAGGGAUGGUACAUUAUUAUUAAUGGAAUAUUCUGAAGAACAUCCACCACUACUCAAUCAACCCGGAAUGGCUAGCAAAAUCAGGAGUUAUUACAAAAGAAAAGUUGGAAAAGAGACAGAUCCGGAAUAUGAAUUCGGCGAGACUGCUUUUACACAUACUUCUCCAUUUUUGGGUUCUCUUGCACCUGGUCAAGGUUUGCAAUCGCUGGAGAAUAAUUUAUAUCGUGCUCCAAUCUAUAAGCAUUCUUCAGACCCAAAUGAUUUUCUGCUUAUUCGUACUAAGCAGGGGUACUAUAUACGUCAUUGUCCUACUUUAUUUCUUGUUGGUCAGGAGUGCCCUUUAUAUGAAGUACCAAGUCCAAACUCGAAGAGAGCAACAAUUUUCGUGCGAGACUUUUUACUGUCGUAUAUCUAUCGACUUUUUUGGGCUAGCGGUCAAAAUCCAAGAAGAUUGAAAAUGGAGGAUAUUAAGGAAGCUUUUCCUCACUAUGCUGAAAGUUCGGUACGGAAACGUUUGAAGCAGUGCUCAGACUUCAAGCGAUUGGGACAGGGUCCUGACCAAAAUUAUUGGGUUUUACGAAAUGAUUUUCGUUUACCAAGUAAGGAAGAAGUAAUGGCAAUGGUAACGCCAGAAAUGUGUUGUGCACAAUAUAGUAUGCUAGCGGCUGAACAACGUUUGAAGGACGCUGGAUACGGAGAAAAGUAUUUUUUUACUCCAGAAAAUGAAGAUGAUUCUGAUGACCAAGUUACCAUUGAAGAUGAAAUAAAAUGCGCUCCUUGGAAUACAACACGGGCUUAUAUAUCAUCGAUGAAAGGCAAGUGUCUAUUAGAUCAAACAGGUAUAGCAGAUCCAACGGGUUGCGGCGAAGGAUUUUCUUAUGUUCGCGUUAGCGCGAAGCCGCAGAAAGCUAAAGAAGAAGUGACGAAUGUUCCGAAACGAUUGGUAACUGGGACGAAUGCUGAUCUUAGAAAGUUGCCAUUAAAAGAAGCGAAGGAAAUAUGUCGGGAAUAUGGCGUCAGGGAAGAAGAGAUCAAUUCCCUGAGUCGGUGGGAAAUAAUUGACGUAAUCCGAACAUUGUCAACACAAGCUGCUAAAGCUAGAUCCGAUUUCUCAGGUAUGGCUCGUUUUGCUCGAGGAAAUAUCCGAUUUAAUUUUGCUGAUAUGCAAGAAAAAUACAAGAAGUUUUGUCAAAGGACGUUUGAUCUGCAAAACCAGACGUUAUCAAACACUGAUAUAUUGAGUACGGAUGAGGGUAGCAGUGGAGAAGAUUCCGAUAAUGAAGAAUUGGCAACAAAACUUGAAAGCAUGUUAGGUGCUAACAAAGAUAAACCAUUCAAAUUCGACAAGAAGAAACUGGAAUUUGAACGAGAGGAAAAAGAACGAAAAGCAUUACAAAAAAUGCUCUGUAACGACACACCCAUUAAGUCGUCUGCUAUAAAACAUGAUAAAGGAAAAAGAAAAGAUUCAGAUCCGACCGCUGUGCUUAACGAAAUACGGAAUUCUAAAAUUACUACCCCGAGUGUAACUAGAAAGCUUAAAAUAUAUCGUACUUAUCGGGAUGAAGAUGGAACUGAGACGACGCGAAUAGAGGUAAUUACUCGGCAACAAUUAAUUGACGCUUACGUUCGAAUACGCACUAGAUGUGAUGAAACAUUCAUUCGAGUUUAUGCGCAAAUGGAUGAACAAUUUAAAGAAGAGAGAAGGAAAGAAAAACGAAGAUUGCAAGACCAGCUUCGUAGAAUCAGGCGCAACGAACUUAAAGCUAAGCUUUAUGGUAUACCGAUCGGGCAAUCUAUUUCUAAGUCAAAACCAGUGGAAAAGAAACCUCCAGUGAUAAAACCUAAUUUAUUAAAAAUGAGAUGCAGUGCUUGUCAUGGAACGGGACAUAUGAAAACCAACAAAAAUUGUCCUCUUUACGGCAAAGAUUCUUCAAAAACGGUCAAAACUGUUGGUGAUAUACAUCCGGUAGCACUAACAGAUGAACAACUUGAGAAGAUGGCUGUUCCAUCUGGAGAGUUGAUUGCAGUUGAGGGUACAAAGUUAAAGAUAUCAAGAAAGUUGUACAGUCACGCAGAAAUGAUCAAGAAAAAUGCACUAAGACUUCAUAUUCCGCGUGAGUUAAUAGAAGGUGAUAGGAAAUUUCGACUAGAAGAAAAGAAACCAGCUUUGGUUGAAUCAGAAAAUUUGAGUGUGGUUCGUAGAAAUGAAGACAGUGAAUAUGUUGAUCCGGAUGGCGAUCCAGUGAUUCCUGAACCGCCUAAAUUAGGCAAAAAUCGCGUAGCUGCUAUUAGUUCGAGCAGACGACGUCAUGCUGCUGAAAUGGAUGAUUAUUUGUAUGGUCCUCAAAAGACUGUUAAGCGUAUAAGAGCUGACCCAAAGGUCUCCAUGUCGAUCGUUCUGAGUGAAGUAUUCAGUGAUAUUCGUAAUAUUUCUGGUUGUGAAGAAAUUAUGUUCCCAGUAAACCCAAAAAAGGUUCCUGAUUACUACAAUAUUGUCACAGAACCAAUGGACUUGCAACAAAUAAAGAAGAAAAUAUCUGAGAAUAAAUAUGAAUUAAGGCGUCAGUUUUUGUAUGACAUGAAACUUAUUAUGGAUAAUUCAAUACUUUACAACGGCGGUGCUCAUCCAAUUACAAUAACUGCAAGGAAUGUUUUUGAAAUGGCUUCAAGACUAGUGGCAGAGCAUGAGCAAAAAUUGAUUGCUCUAGAGAAAGCUAUCAAUCCUUUACUUGAUGAUAAUGAUAUUAUUGGUUUCUCAUUCAUACUGAAUGAAAUUGUGCAGGAAUGUAAGAAUGUUCCUAAAAGUGCUGCAUUUCAUUUUAAAGUGGAUCCGAAGAAGCUGCCUCAGUAUUAUGAAAAAAUAAGUAAACCAAUGGACUUGGGUACUAUGCAACAAAACAUUAAAGAACACAAGUACACUACUGUUGCGGCGUUUCGAAACGAUAUCAAACAGAUUAGAAUGAAUAGUGAAUUGUAUAACGGACCUCCAGAGAUAUCGCAGUAUACUUCAAAAGCUGUAGAAAUAUGUAAGGUGGCCGAAAAAAUGCUCGAGGAGCGGAAGGAACAAUUGACAGAGCUAGAAAUGAAUAUACAGUCGACGCUUAAUGAUCAUGUAGAUAUUGAAUCAAAUACACCCAGCACCAUGUAUGCAGAAGAAAUCGGUGAACCAUCUCCUUGUUCGAGAUAUGAUUAUGCGGAAUUGAAGAUGGAGGAAAAUAUCAACAAAAUGGAAUCGGGUAAUGGAGACAGAUAUGAGGAUGAUUUUGAUGAAGAUGAAGGAGGAGAGGAAGGAGCACCACUAAUCGGUGGUAACCUACAAGAUGAUCUUGCUCUUAGUGGCGAUGAAGAUGAUGUAGAUGAUCAGCAAUUUAGUAUGCCUGCAACAGGAUGUGCUCCAAGUUAUGAAGCAAAGGACCAACAUGGGGCAGAGAGUGAUUUGAUACAGUCACAAAUGCAUACUUCGGGUCAGUUGCAUGCAGAUUUGGCAUUAAGUGAUAGUGAUGAAGAUGAAGAUGAAGAAUUCAUUGAAGCGAAAAGACCAAGACUGGAAGAUCUUACAACGCUUUAA